AACCCGAACAACAACCACAACAACCACAACAGCUGCCCCAACAACAACCACAACAACUGCCCCAACAACGACCACAACAGCUGCCCCAACAACAACAACUACAACAACUGCCCCCACAACAACUACAGCUGCCCCAAGAACAACCACAACAACUGCCCCAACAACAACAACCACAACUGCAACCCCAACAACAACCACAACAACUGCCCCAACAACAAAAACCACAACAGCGGCCCCAACAACAACUACAACAACUGCACCCACAACAACUACAGCUGCCGCAACAACAACUACAACAACUGCCCCCACAACAACUACAGCUGCCCCAACAACAACCACAACAACUACCCCAACAACAACAAC